AUUAUAUUCUUCAAUUUACACCUUAUGCUGAAUUAGCUGGAGAAUUACAUCCAGUAGCUUCUGUCAUUGUUACGUUUUUAUUACUUUCCGUAGGUUAUCUAAUGACUAAUUCUCUUUGGAGCAAAAUUAUGGGAAGGAAUAAAUUCCAACCUAAAGGAAAGCAUGUUUAUGUUACGGGCGGCAGUAAAGGACUUGGUAAGGAGUUUGCCAAGUUAGUGGCUUCUAAAGGAGCACAUGUCACAAUCUGUGCUAGAAACAGGGAUGAUUUGAAUCGUGCUCUAGAAGAAAUUAAAGAUGCUGCUAAAGCUCGUGAGGAUUAUGAAGCUUUGAAAUUUAACGCAGUAUCAGCUGACUUAUCAAAAUAUGAUGAUUCCAUUCGUGCACUUGAUGAAGCUUCAUCAAAACAUGGUCUUUCAAUACCACGUGUAUUCAUAGAACAUCCAAUGGAUGAAUUUGAGAAAACUAUGCAACUUAAUUAUUUCGGUUCCCUAUACACCUCCCAUGAGGCCGUAAAGCGUAUGGCUCAACAAGGUGUCAAAGGCAAGGUCGUUUUUGUUAGUUCUGUAAUGGGACUUUGUGGUUUUAUGGGAUUUUCUUCGUAUGCUCCAACAAAGCAUGCUAUUAGAGGUUUGGCGGAAUGUCUGCGCCAUGAGCUGAUCCUUUAUGAUAUUAGUGUACAUUGUUAUUUCGCUGGUACGCUUGAUACACCUGGUUAUGAAGAAGAGAUGAAAACAAAACCAAAGAUCACUAAAGAUAUAGAAGGUGAUGAUAAAAUAACUCCGGAAGAAGGUGCCAAAGCCUUAUUUAAAGGCAUAUGUAAAGGCAACUUUUUCAUUACUUCAGACAUUAUUGGCGAUGCAAUUAGAGCUUCAACUUUGGGAAUUUCACCAUCAAAUAACGCAUUCUUCGAUACUUUACUAUGUGGCGUUACUCGGCUUGUCAUUAAGCCGGCACGAUGGUAUUUUGACAAAAUGGUUCGCGAUAAUAAAGCAGACUAUCCUGUUGCUCCCGCUGAUAGUCAUAAGCUUGAUUAA